GAAGAAUGGCUCUGGUCUGGAGGAGAUGAGAAAAGUUGUGUUCUCCUUCAAAGAUUGUGUGGCUGGUCCAAUAUAAUAUGAUGGAGAAGAAAAAGAAAAGACCAGAAGUCCAGAACAGUUUCGAAAGGCAAAACGUCUGCUGCGGCCGUUUCUUCUUCAUUUUCUCUUGGCUUUUGUAAAAUUUUCCCCAUUAUUCCCAAGUCGCACUUGGCCACAAACUCGGGCAAAGAAUCUUCUUUGCUUCGUCAAAUAGUUCAAGUAAAGAUCGCGACUUGCUUCCGUUUCUCUAUCAUUCCCUUCUAACCCAGAAAGCAGAAAGAUGGAUUUCCAGAGGAGGCGGGUUCAACUUCUUGCUUUCAUCGUCGGGACCAUCGCUCUCAGUAUUGCUGCCGAAAAAUGCAGGCUGCUUGUGGGAGAAGACUCAUCAUCUCAAAGUGGAAAAUUUACAAUCUUUGAUUGCUUCGACAUGAGCACAGGAACCCUAGCAUGCACAGUCAAGGAAGGUGUGAAGCUCUAUGUCUACAACAUGAGAUCUUCACACGUUGAGAAAGCAAGGAAUUUGGCGAUCGAGCAGGCAAUACACGACGCAGUGCAGCAAGGGAUAUCAGCUAAAGAUGUUGCUAAGCAAGCACAAAAGGAAGGUGCAAAGGCAGCUAAGUUGGCUACUAGAAAGACCAAAAGGAUCGUAGGGCCUAUCAUUUCUUCCGGAUGGGACUUCUUCGAGGCGGUCUACUACGGUGGGACCAUAACCGAAGGGUUCCUGAGGGGUACUGGGACCUUGUUUGGAGCGUAUGCAGGUGGGUUUUAUGGGGAGCAAGGAAUUGGAAGAGUUGGGUAUCUGCUUGGGAGUCAUUUGGGGAGUUGGAUUGGAGGGAGAAUCGGGUUGAUGGUGUAUGACGUGGUGAGUGGAUUGCAUUACUUGGUCACUGUUGUUGAAACCAUAGAUGGUGAGACUCAGAACGACGAAAAGGCUGAUGCUGGCGAGUCAUACUCGUAUGAAGAUCCACCUGCUUACGAAGGUAACGAGGGGGCGAGUGAGGAAGGCUCCAGUGUUUAUGAAUCUCCCAUGUAUGAAAGUUCUGAAUCGGAAUCGCAUGAAUCACCUUCAACUUUCUGGUGAUGAUACAGAGUAUAAUGGUAAGAGUAUGGCUUGUGAAACCUGCUGUUCAGAAACAGGGACUGAUCUAUAUUCUAUACGAGAGUUUUUUUUUUUUUUUUUUUUUGUAAAAAGAUGCAAGAUUUGGAUAUACUUGUGCUAGACUGCUAGUGGAAGCUGUAGUUUACUUGAUUGAGUAUUGGAUAGGCGUAGGCUGAGAUGAAUUUUAAUGUCCUAUUGAUUUUCACUUGUGAUCAGUAAUUGACUUAAACUUAUAAUGUAGGGUUAUAGGUAUAAUAUGACUCUCUACUAUGUAGUUUUAUCAAAAAUGCUC